UUCAAACAGUUCACGCGAUGUAUUGGAUUUUAUUUGAUUCGCUGUCGUGUAGCUAGCUAGCUAUUUGUAGGCUAGUGCUAGUUACAUAGGAAGAGGAAAGAGUAUCAGUACCAGAGACGACGCCAUGUCUUCUUCUCCAACAAAAACCCUAAGGAUUGGGAUUAUAGGCUUCGGGCCCUUUGCUCGGUUCCUGGCAGCCACUAUGAUCAAACAAGGCCAUACGCUAACAGCCACAUCUCGAUCGGACCACUCGCACCUCUGCACCCACUUGGGUAUUCCAUUCUUCAGGGAAAUGGACACAUUUUUUGAUGCAGACAACGACGUGAUAUUACUAUGCACAUCCAUUUUAUCGUUAUCGGAGGUAGUGAGAUCGAUCCCAUUUCACCGUCUGAAAAGGCAGACGACGCUUUUCGUCGACGUUCUCUCCGUCAAACAAUACCCAAGAGAUCACUUAUUGCAAGUACUCCCACCAGAAUCAGACUUGCUUUGCACACACCCCAUGUUCGGCCCCGAGAGUGGUAAGGAUGGCUGGACGGCUCUUCCCUUCGUCUACGACAGAGUCCGCAUCAGGGAUGAAGAUACCUGCUCCCGGUUCCUUCAAAUUUUUCAAACUGAGGGUUGCAGAAUGGUGGCAAUGUCUUGCGAAGAACAUGAUCAACUGGCUGCUCGAGGUCAAUUUCUCACCCACACCAUCGGCAGGAUUUUGUCUGAAAUGGAGAUCAAGUCCACAGGCAUGGACACAAAGGGCUUCCAGACUCUUGUUCAAUUGAAAGAGAACACCAUCAAAGAUAGUCUGGAUCUAUAUUGUGGAUUGUUCAUGCAUAACAAGUUUGCCAUGCAGGAGCUGAGGAACCUGGAGCUUGCGUUUCUCACUGUCAAACAGAAGCUGCUUGAAAAAAUGGAGGAUAAGUAGCAGAACAGAAAUCAACCCUGUUAUUUUUUUCUGUUGUUAUUCAUUUAUCAUUGUACAAGAACCUUGUCUACAAAAGUCAAUCGUGGUUUCGAAUAAUGGUAAUGCAUGAGUACUGGUUCAUAGUUCCAACACAUACCAAACGUAACCAAGAAUCACAAAUAGUUUUUCUUUCUUUUUUUUUUACUUCUUUUGGUUAGGAAUCCCAAAUAGUUGAGGAAAACUUUGGAUGAUGAUAACAUCAUUGUACUAUUUGACUAUUACCACAAGGCAUGUAACCUUACUUCUACCAAUUAAUCUAACCAACUCAUACAGGUUAUUUCAGUUCA